CGAGACAAAACCAGUUCUUCAUUCCUCUCUGGAGUCUCAGACAUCCCGGCAGAGUUAUCUUGGAAGAGCUGCGCUACUGGCAACAGGACUCAUCAUAGCUGUGGCCGUGGGCUGGCAUUGCUACACAGUUCCUCCUAUGAAGGCAGGGAGGUUAAAGGUGAAGCAGGUGGACCUGUGGCAGGAAGGCUUCACCAUUGAAAACCGGGAUGGAGAAGAGGUCUUCAGGAUGGCCUUCCAAUCAGGCGUCCUUGACCUGGAGACUUGUUCUAAGGGAGGGGGAGUUUUAAGCUGUACAGGUACAGAAAGUGGGAUGUACAGUUUCGUCAUCCAGACUGUCAAACCCAACGAGGCGGUGACGUGCUACAUCAUCCGCUGGGAAGAGUUUGAGGCAGACUCUGCGGUGGAACACAAAAUGUUCUGGGGGGACAGCCACUGGUAUGGAGGCUACGAGAUGAGCAAACAGCAAUGGCCAAUCAGGCUACCUGGAAGCCAAGAACCUGCGCCAUUUGUGACUAGUGAUGUCUAUUCUUUCAGGAACAGCUUUGGGGGCAUCUUGGAGAGGUAUUGGUUGUCCUCCAAAGCAGCUGCCAUCAAGAUAAGUGACUCUGUGCCCUUCCACCUUGGGUUCAACGCUUCGGAAAGGUCCCUCGUCUUCCAGGCCAGGUAUAAAGAUUCUCCAUAUGAGCCGUUGAACGAGCCCUUCCCACAGUUGAGUUACCAUGUCUGCAUAGGUUCAGACAUUACCUCUGUCCACCGGUACAUGGCCCAGGUCCAUUUCAGGAAACCUUUGAAGGUGCCCUCAGAAAGGAUGUUCCAGUUUCCAAUCUGGUCAACAUGGGCCAUGUACAAGAAGGAGAUUAACCAAGAGAAAGUUCUGGGAUUUGCACAGAUGAUUAAAAAGCACGGUUUCAAAUACAGCCACGUCGAAAUUGAUGACAUGUACACGCAGAAUUAUGGUGACUUUGACUUUGACCCUUCAAAGUUCCCCCGAGUGACAGAUAUGUUUGAAGAGCUUAAGAAAGACGGCUUCAACGUCACCAUCUGGAUACACCCUUUUGUACAUAAAAGUUCCCCAAACUUUGAGGUGGGAAUAGAGAAGAAGCUUUUUGUCACGGAACCACAAGGGACACUCCCUGCCAUGGUUGUGUGGUGGAACGGUGUGGGCGCCAUACUGGAUUUCACCAACCCUUCGGCUAGAAAAUGGUUCCAGAGACACCUGAGGCAACUCCGCACUAAGUACGGCAUCUCGUCCUUCAAGUUUGAUGCCGGUGAGACGUGCUACCUUCCCAAACAAUUCCAAACUUUCCGUACCUUGGCAGAUCCCAGCAUUUGGUCCCGGCAUUAUGCAGAAAUGGCCAUUCCAUUUCACGAGCUUGCAGAAGUCCGAGUCGGCUACCGAUCCCAGCACAUCUCUUGUUUUGUCCGUAUCAUUGACCGGGACUCAAUUUGCGGGUAUGAACUUGGACUGAAGUCCUUGAUACCUACGGUGCUGACCAUUGGCCUCUUGGGAUACCCUUUUGUGCUGCCCGAUAUGAUUGGUGGGAAUUUUCUCCCUAACAAAACGGAAGGUGCUGUCGACAUCCCAGAUCGGGAGCUCUACAUCCGAUGGCUGGAGCUGUCGGCCUUCAUGCCUUCCAUGCAGUUCUCCAUCCCACCGUGGCUUUACGACAAAGAGGUCAUAGACAUCGCCCUGAAGUUCACCAGGCUCCACGAGUCUUUGGUUGCCCCCCUCUUGCUGGAGCUGGCCGGGGAGAUCACCGACACUGGGGACCCCAUCAUCCGGCCCAUCUGGUGGAUUUCUCCCCACGAUGAGGCUGCACACAAGAUCGAUUCCCAGUUCCUCAUUGGGGACACUUUGAUGGUGGCUCCCGUCUUGGAGAUGGGCAAGCAAGAGCGAGACAUUUACAUCCCAGCUGGCAAAUGGCGCAGCUACAAAGGGGAGCUCUUUGAAAAAACGCCCGUUCUUCUUAAGGACUACUCUGUCCCUUUGGAUGAAGUGCCUUAUUUUGUUUUGAAUUCUUAAGCUGCCUUGGGGCCAGGGAAAGGCCUUGGAGGAACCUCGUCUCUA